UUCGUACCAUCACUUCAAAAGUGCUUGGUAACUCAUACAUGAGAUUCCUACAACCUCGGUGUCUAUACUAGUCACUUUUCUCUAAUACUAUCAUUAUUAUACCAUUUACAAUCAUCACAACGAAGAUCUAUCCAUCUACUGCACCUGCAUCAAGAACCAAGGUCGAGUACGUUAUAUGCUGUACACCCCGGCUAAGAGCUCAUCCCCAGAUCUCGUUUAGCCACCAGGUCCAGACACGACUUGUCCCUGCCUCUGUCUAUCCCAAUCUCCAUCCGAUUAUCCGGGGACACAGAGGUCUGUGAGUCAGACAUGUCAUGGAACGACCCACCCCAGGGUCCAUCGGUUACCCCGGACCCAACUGCGUGGACGAGGUAUAACUACCUAGCUGCUCCCCGGCUGCUCUGCCCCUGCAACUCUGCCUCCGAACAACCACAUCCCCCAAUUCUUCAGUAUGCCAUUUAAUAUCAUCAUUGUCGGGGCCGGCCUCAUUGGCCCCCGUCAUGCCCAAACCGUCCAGGCCAACCCCAACACCAACCUCCUUGCCCUGGUGGACCCCUCCCCCAACGCUGUCCAGACGGCUGAGACCCUGCAGACGGCCUACUUCCCCUCCGUGGCCGCCCUCCUCGCCAGCCCCUCCACCCCACGCCCCGACGCAGCUAUCGUCUGCACCCCCAACCACACGCAUAUCCCCAUCGCCACCGACCUCCUGGCGCAGGGCAUCCACGUGCUGCUGGAGAAGCCCAUCAGCGACGACCCAGCAACGGCCCGCGCCCUCCUGUCAACCCUCACCCCGUCAUCUCCGAAACUGCUCAUCGGCCACCACCGCCGCUUCAACCCCUACAUCACCGCCACGAAGCAGCUCCUUUCCAGCAACGCCCUGGGCCCGCUCAUCGCGCUCAACGGCCUCUGGACCCUGUACAAGCCCGACAGCUACUUCGCCCCGCCAGGCGACUGGCGCCGCAGCACCACCACAGGCGGCGGGGUACUCUCCAUCAACCUAAUCCACGACAUCGACCUGCUGCACUACCUCUUCGGCCCGAUCACGCGGGUCUUCGCCGAGCAAACGCCCUCCACCCGGCCGUCGCCCCCGCACGACGCCGAAGAAGGCGCCGCGAUCACUCUGCGGUUCGCUUCCGGUGUGGUAGGCACCUUCCUGGUGUGCGAUGCCACGCCGGCGCCGUGGAGCUUCGAGGCCGGCACCGGCGAGAACCCGCUCAUCUCGCAGGUUUCGGGGAGUGGUGGGGAAGGGUUCUACCGGAUCUUCGGGCAGAAGGGGUCGCUGAGCGUGCCGGACAUGCGGCUGUGGAGCUACGAGGGCCGCGCGCAGCGCAGCUGGAACGAGGAGUUGGCCGUGGAGCGGGCGGCGGUGGACACGACGCAGACGCCGUUUGCGCUGCAGCUGGCGCAUUUUGUGGAGGUGUUGGAAGGGAAGGCUGAGCCGGUGUGUUCGGGGGCAGAGGCGUUGCGGGCGUUGGAUGUAGUGGACGCGAUCGGACGGGCGUUGCGGACGGGGCAGGUGGUGGAUGUGGAGAAUUAG